CCGCGCUGCUCCCCGCCCGGAGACCGCGGCGCACUUGGACUUCCCUCUCCAUUCGCCAGCCGCCUCGCUCCCGGUCCCCACGGCUGCAAACUGAUCUGGCGCGGGGGGAGGAGGAGAGCGCAGGCGAGCGAACCCGCGAGAGAGGGAGAGCGAGCCAGAGAGCCAGAGAGCGACAGAGCCGGGAGGCAGAGGGAGUAGUGACCGCCUUCCGGAGCCGGGAUUCAUGCCUGUCCUCGGGACCAGCCAAGGGGACUUUACGGCUGAGUAUGAGCCAGGCUGCUAGGAGCCAGGUACCCCCACGCCUGCAGUCCUCGCGCCGUCCCCGGUAUGCGAGCUGGACGCAGGGCUCUCCCAAGUUCCCCCCGAGCCGAAUAAAAAGCGUCCGCCCGCAGCUCUCUGCCAAAGACGGACACUGACUCCAGGACUCCACAGAAUGGAGCAAGAAUGAGAGGAAAAAGGCCGGCAGAAAAGCAUGAACUGGAGGUUUGUUGAGCUCCUCUACUUCCUGUUUGUAUGGGGCCGUAUCUCAGUGCAGCCCUCCCUCCAGGAACCAGCUGGGACAGACCAACAUGUCUCCAAGGAAUUUGAUUGGCUCAUUUCAGACAGGGGGCCUUUCCACCACUCCAGGAGCUACCUAUCCUUUGUGGAAAGACACCGUCAAGGAUUUACAACCAGAUAUAAAAUAUACAGGGAGUUUGCCCGUUGGAAGGUGAGGAACACAGCCAUCGAGAGGAGAGAUCUGGUCCGUCAUCCAAUGCCCCUCAUGCCAGAGUUUCAAAGGAGCAUCCGCCUGCUCGGCAGGAGACCCACCACUCAGCAGUUCAUCGACACCAUCAUCAAGAAGUACGGCACCCACCUGCUCAUCUCAGCCACCUUGGGAGGGGAGGAGGCUUUGACCAUGUAUAUGGACAAAAGCCGCCUGGACAGGAAGUCAGGGAACGCCACCCAAAGUGUGGAAGCUCUGCACCAGCUCGCAUCGUCCUACUUUGUCGACCGCGAUGGCACCAUGAGGAGGCUGCAUGAGAUCCAGAUAUCAACUGGAGCCAUCAAGGUCACAGAGACACGCACUGGGCCUCUGGGCUGUAACAGCUACGACAAUCUGGACUCUGUGAGUUCCGUCCUUCUGCAGAGCACAGAGAGCAAACUGCACCUUCAAGGUCUUCAGAUAAUCUUUCCUCAGUAUCUGCAAGAGAAGUUUGUCCAGUCGGCCCUGAGCUACAUCAUGUGCAACGGCGAGGGGGAGUACCUGUGCCAGAACAGCCAGUGCCGCUGCCAGUGUGCCGAGGAGUUCCCGCAGUGCAACUGCCCCAUCACCGACAUCCAGAUCAUGGAGUACACGCUGGCCAACAUGGCCAAGUCCUGGGCCGAAGCUUACAAGGACCUGGAGAACUCAGAUGAGUUUAAAUCGUUUAUGAAGCGUCUCCCCAGCAACCACUUCCUGACCAUCGGGAGCAUCCAUCAGCACUGGGGCAACGAUUGGGACUUGCAGAACCGCUACAAGCUCCUGCAGAGCGCCAUGGAGGCACAGAGACAAAAGAUCCAACGCACUGCCCGCAAGCUCUUUGGCCUUAGUGUACGCUGCCGCCACAAUCCCAACCACCAGCUGCCUAGAGAGAGGACAAUUCAGCAGUGGCUUGCAAGGGUCCAGUCGCUUCUCUACUGCAACGAGAAUGGGUUUUGGGGAACCUUCCUGGAGAGCCAGAGGAGCUGCGUGUGCCACGGGAGCACCACGCUGUGCCAGCGCCCCAUACCCUGUAUCAUCGGCGGGAACAACAGCUGCGCCAUGUGCAGCCUGGCCAACAUCUCCCUCUGCGGCUCCUGCAACAAGGGCUACAAGCUGUACCGAGGCCGCUGCGAGCCCCAGAACGUGGACUCGGAGCGGAGCGAGCAGUUCAUCAGCUUUGAGACCGACCUGGACUUCCAGGACCUGGAGCUGAAGUACCUGCUGCAGAAGAUGGACUCGCGCCUGUACGUGCACACCACCUUCAUCAGCAAUGAGAUCCGCCUCGACACCUUCUUCGACCCCCGGUGGCGCAAGCGCAUGUCCCUCACUCUCAAGAGCAACAAGAACCGCAUGGACUUCAUACACAUGGUGAUCGGCAUGUCCAUGCGCAUCUGCCAGAUGCGCAACAGCAGCCUGGACCCCAUGUUCUUUGUCUAUGUCAACCCCUUCAGCGGGAGCCACUCGGAGGGCUGGAACAUGCCCUUCGGGGAAUUUGGCUACCCUCGCUGGGAGAAGAUCCGUCUCCAAAACAGCCAGUGCUACAACUGGACUCUCUUGCUGGGCAAUCGGUGGAAAACGUUUUUCGAGACGGUCCACAUCUACCUGCGUAGUCGGACUCGGCUACCUACUCUGCUGCGUAACGAGACUGGCCAGGGCCCCGUGGACCUGUCCGACCCCUCCAAGAGGCAGUUCUACAUCAAGAUCUCGGAUGUGCAGGUGUUCGGGUACAGCUUGAGGUUCAACGCCGACCUCCUGCGCAGCGCGGUGCAGCAGGUCAACCAGUCCUACACACAAGGCGGCCAGUUCUAUUCUUCCUCGUCCGUGAUGCUCCUCUUGUUGGAUAUUCGGGACCGAAUUAACCGCCUGGCCCCGCCUGUGGCCCCGGGGAAACCCCAGCUGGACUUGUUCUCCUGUAUGCUGAAGCACCGCCUGAAACUGACCAACAGCGAGAUCAUCAGAGUGAACCACGCGCUGGACCUCUACAACACGGAGAUCCUCAAACAGUCGGACCAGAUGACAGCCAAACUCUGCUAACCUGGGACUCCUCGCCACGGACUUUCCCUUUUGUUGUACGGACACAACAGAACAAAACAAAGCAAAACAAAACACAACAACAGCAACAACAAAAAACCGUAAAAAUUUGUAAAAUGUAAUUAAUAUUCAAAGAAAAGGAGAAAAAUCUUCAUUUGUUGGAAACUAAAACGUUCUAGCAACUGUAUAAAACCGUUGGGCAUGUUUGUUAUUUCUAUAUUCUGUCAUGAAGAAGGGUCUCAGCCUUUUGUGGAGCUUUGAGGGAGUCGCUUCUUAGGCCUCAGGUGCUGUGUGGAGGGGGAGAAGGGAGAAAGCAUAUGCAAUGAAUUGUAGAGAUCUCUGCUGUGCAGGUGCUAAGAUUAAACACUAAAAUGAGAGAGAGAUAUAUGUAAUGUACAACUGACACUGCCAUUUUUCCUUGUGGGAGGAAAUGGACAUAGAUAAAGAAGAUAUUUCUUCGGUUAAGGUUUCUUCAUUCACUCUUUAUGCUUAAUUCCUUGUGGUUCCUUUGACGCAUUCUCACACAUGGGGCAGGGAUACACACACAUGGCUUCUUUUACACACAUGGCUUCUUUCACCCUGAAUACACUAACACUAACGGAAGCUGGCCAACAGGUGGGAUUGGAAGGGGAUGCAUUCACAUAAUCAUAAAGACAAUCAGUAAUCUUGAAUAUCAGCUAGUCCACCCCUUAUUUUGGGAAAUAGAUUCAGAUAGGAAUGGGCAUGCCCAUUUUUACACCCAGAGUUACAAACUGAAGAAGGUCCCAAACCCCACAUUCUGACUCCCUUGGCAAUACAUCUCGUUCCAAAUCAUGAUGGCCACUUUCGCAUUUUCUCUAACAACAAAGCUGCCAAGGGAUAAAGUAUUAAUAUUUUCCAAUCUGAGGUUGUUUGGAUAGAGUAUGUGUGUGUGUGUGUGUGUGAAGAAAUUCCUCCCACCUACUUCCUAUUCCCUGUGAAAAAAAUAGUUUCAGAUUUCUCAGAAAUUAUUUUCAUAUUAAAGAUAAAGUUUAGUUUAAAUAAAAUCAAUGACCAAAGUAAAGUCAAAUAGGGUAAGUUUUAGUAUUGCAUUCAUUGGUCUACCAGGCAGACUUUUCCAAGGAAGUAUCUGAUAUAUAUAUACAUAUGUAUCUCCUUUUGUUAACUCAUAAUACAUGUGCACAUGCACACACCUACUCCUCCCACCCUUCCCCUCACAAUGAUAUAAACACUGCCACUUGGUUGGCACUUGUGAAAGGUGAGAAGCCUUGUGAGGGACUUGGGUGUUCUAUUGGAAUGAGAGACUCAAGAAAGAGAGCUCAUUUGAAAACAGUUCUAUAGAGGAUUUGGACAGACAUCAUUUCUUAGUCUCCAUGAACUCUGAGUUUAUCUCUUUGCUAAGGUGGCACCUGCAAAAGAUGUUUCCUGAGCAUCUGGAAUCUCAUUUCUUAACUGGCAGAGAAAAACAGGACCACAAAAUUUUAAGCUUGAAAGAGAAAAUAGAACUACUGUGGUCUAAACUUUUGCCCAUUACAAAUCUCUUUAUCAUCAUUGGAAAAUCACCACUGUUCAGUGACUGGCUGGACCAUAGCAGGGAUAUUAAGCUAAUUAGCUCUAUCUUCCACUUCUCUUGAAUUGUUUCAGAGAGGCAGAGGAAUAGCUCCCAUUCCAGCUUUUGUUAUAAAACAAAUCUAGUGAUUAGAAUAUCCUUUCAUACCUUCACCAGCUUUGCAUACUUUCACCCACUGGCUCCAGCUCUGGAAUGUGCAGUUCUCCUUCAAGUUAGAGCUAUCCUAGAUAAAACACAAAGACUUAUCUCAAAGGUCACUGGAGUCUGGGACAAUCGAACACAAAGUGAACAGUAUCUCUAAUGUAGUUUAUUUUAAGGUGAAAGAAGGCAAGGGAUUCAAUGCAUAAGAGGUAAAGAAUUAUCUAGUUUAAGUGUGUGUGAAGGGAGGAUUCUUUUGCUUUUCUAAAAUGAUAAACUCCAAUAUUAAUUUUUCAGUUUUUAUUAUGAAUUAGCAUAUACUCUAUACCAACUUUAUAUGUGCUUAACACGAACAUAGGUUUUUAGAUCUCAGAUUUUGGAAGGCUUCAGUGUUCUUUUAGGUUGGAAAUCCUUCAUGCCAGAGGUUACAUCACAGCUUAUCCAUCAAGCACAAGAUUUACCAGAAGGUCAGUAAAUCAUCAAACAUUUCUUAAAUACCUAGUAGAUGAAUGGGGUAUGUCAGAAAUACAAAGAUUUGUAAGGAAAUGGUUUAUGCUUUUGUGUCAAUCACAAACUAAUGAAAAAGGCAGGCAAAUAAACCAAUUAAAAAAAACCAAUAAUUACAGUAUUCCAUGAUAAAUGCUGUCAUGCAGUCAGGGACACGGAGUGGAGUCCUAAAGACAUUAUUAACUCUGUUCAUGGGGUUGUAAGAGCCUUUAUAGAAGGCUCUUGUUCAUUCUGAAUGUUGAAAAAUGACCAGAAGCUGGGCAAGUAAUAAAGAACAGAAAGACCAAAGGAACAGUGAAUGCAAAAUUACAUCGGCAUAAAUAUGUAUGGUGUAUUUAAGGGUCAGGCAUAAUAAUAAUUUUAAAAGGUGUCACAUUAAAUGGUGAAGCUACCAAGAGAAAUGAGGAUUUUGACUCUAUAUGAGAAGUGGAAACAAUUAUCCAUUGUCUUUAGGAUUUAAUGAAUGAAUUGCAGACUGAUUGUUGCUCAGUUCCUCUCUUUCUUUUCUCCUUCCUCUUCACUUUCCAGGCACUCUCAAAGACUCCUAAUAUAAUAAGCCCUUGUAUUUGCACAACACUUUAGAGAUUGCUAGGCAAUCUUCAUAAGCACCGUGCUACCUAAUCCUUAUCACAAUUCAGUUAGGACCUUCAACCCAAGUUCCUUCCCAGCCUUCACCAACUGCAUGCAUGGGAAAAGCUUCUUCCCUUCACCUUGAAAAUAACAACUCGCUCACUUCAUCUUACAGAGAGAAUGCAGCAAUGCCUAGUGAUUAGAAAGGCCAAGGAAGUAGAGAAAUUUUCAAGGAUAGAAGAAAAAAACUCAGACAUCAAGAUAUUUAUUUCAAGGUGAGAGGAAAUACUUUGCUAUGAAGGAAAAAAGGUUCUGUGGAUUUCCAAAUGCCUCCUGCUUGGGUCCGGCCAGCCCUUUGAGCUAAUCAGGCUCUCCUCUAGCUGGGAGGAAGAGAAGCCUGAAGCCUCUAAGUAAGAUUUUAAUUCAAUUAGUGUUUUACCAAUUUGAUGCAGCAACCAAAGACCUAUGGUGUCUGAUUAAUAUGCUGAUGCUAAGACACAAGAGUGAACAGAAUGCCCAUUUGGAUAAGGCCUGGCAGCAAAGCGUGGCAUUGCUAUGGAAACCACAGAAGGCCAUUAAUUAGCUAUCAAAUAAAAUCAUUGGAAAAUUCUGGACCCUGGCACAUCUGCCCCCUUCAGAGAGGAGGGCAAGAAGAGGUCACACUAGCAGCAAGGCUCCCUUCAGCGAUUAAAAUCAUAGUUACACAGAGACUAUAUGUUGCAAAGUGGAAGGAAGGUAGGGGAGCGACAUGAACGCAAUAGGAAUGAGGCUUUCGGAUUAUGCAAGUCCAAGAAUGUAAUUUGGAUUGUGAAGUAUCUUGUUGGGUUGUCUAUAUUGACAAAAUGAUCUCAAUGACAAAUGGCUUAUCCUAUUCCCUGUUCUGUAGAGAAAAAAAAAAAAAAAAA